UGGAUGAGGAUUUGAGUCAUAAUAUAAACCGGCUGCAAGCCAGCAACCGCCACCUUCUCCUCCGCCCUCUGCGGCCUUUGGAGGCGCAAAUUUCCCGCCAUUCUCCUCUUCGAUCUCAUGACAUGAUAUGGCUCUUCACUCAUUCAAGCCCUUCGCAGCCAUUCUCUCUCUCCUCUUCGCUCACGCAGUCAUCGUUGUGGUGGGGGAAUCAUCGACCUGCUUGACGGUGUACCGAGAAGGCGGCGCCCCGGCGGUCUUCCAGUCGCCAAAGUGCCCCCGCUGGAAGCUCUCCGGCCAUGCCUCCCCUACACGCGCCUCUGCCACCGGCGGCAAGCUCUGCCAGGUGGCCGUGCUCCAGGGCAGCCGCAAGUACCAGGAGGAUCGCACCUUCUGCGCUCUCGACGUCCGCAUCCCUUUCCCCAGUAGUACAGGGAUUAAGGAGGUGACUGUUGGAGUAAUAGCUGUUUUCGAUGGUCAUAACGGAGCAGAAGCUAGUGAGAUGGCGUCUAAGCAUCUGUUUGAGUAUUUCAUGUUGCAUGCCUACUUCCUCCUGGAUUCAACCUUUUCCGUCGCAUUGAAGAAAUUCAUGAGAAAGUUGGGGAGAAAAGGAGAUCUGGAUGGUCUUUUUCAAGUUCUCAAUUGGCAUGAAGAUUUGAGUUGGCAGUAUCAGGAUCAAGAAAGGGUUAAGUCCUCAAGGACAGUAGAAUUUGAUCAUUCCUAUCAUUUGGAAAUUCUGAAGGAAGCAUUGACGAGGGCAAUCCGGGAUAUUGAUGCAAAAUUUUCAAAGGAAGCAUCCAGAAGCAAUCUUAAUUCAGGAUCCACAGCAACAGUUAUACUCGUGGCAGAUGGCAAAAUUUUAGUUGCGAAUGUUGGAGACUCAAAGGCUCUCUUAUGCUCUGAAAGGUUCCAGUCCCCCGCGGAUGCUAGAGCGACUUUACUAAGAUUACAUCGCGAGAAAAGGCGGGGUGGUGCUAUUAUGCCCAUGAAAUACAGUGAGCACUUUAAGUUGGCUAGUUUGAAUGGUUUGACGCACUUUUCUGUUCAGGAGUUAACAAGAGAUCAUAGUCCCGAUAGGGAUGAUGAAAGGUCUCGAGUAGAAGCUGCGGGUGGUUAUGUUCUUAAUUUGAGUGGUGUUCCUCGAGUCAAUGGCCAACUGGCUGUUUCACGAGCCAUUGGUGAUGUGAAAUUUAAAAGUUCUGGUGUAAUAGCAGCACCAGAAGUUAUGGAUUGGCAAUCCCUCAACAUCAAUGAUAGCUAUCUGGUAGCUGCAUCAGAUGGUGUUUUUGAAGAAUUGAGCCCACAAGAUGUUUGUGAUAUACUGUGGGAAGCACAGGGUCAUGGCAACUCAAGAUCAGAGAUAUCUUCAUCAUGCUCUUACUCAUUAGCUGACUGUAUAGUGGAAACUGCUUUGGAAAGGGGCAGUAUGGAUAAUAUGGCUGCUGUGGUUGUGCCUCUUCAAUUAAGUCUUCUAUCUCGUAACAUUCAACCGGGUAACUAUACUGGAGGAGUUGAUACAGAUACCACAUCUGUAGGAUUAGAGUACAAUAAUGGUCGGUCAGAUAAGGGCCUGUCUUCUGAUAUUAUCGGCUUAGAGCAUUUUCAUCCUCAUUCAAUGAAGUUUGGCAGGUUGAUGGUUGAACCAAAGCAUGGAAGUUUUUGCUGUUUUUAUUUAGCUGAGCCGCUUAGUGAAGAUAUGGAUGAUAUGUUAGAAGCUCAAAUUCAUGAUUGGAAGGAGCCUGUAUAUGGCCUGCCUCUGGCUCUUCCUGAAGCCCUCAACCAACAGUGCGGUGGACCUGUGAAUAUUUAUACCGACCAAAAUUUAUGCAUGUACUUUGGGAUGCCCAGUGAGCGAAAGGAAGGUCAAUGCACAAUUUCAGAAGGCUUUGCAAGGGUCCUUGCUUUGCUGGAAUCAAUUUCAUUGCAUGAUUCUGAUUCUAAUUAUGGAACAUUUGAGCAUGGGAUCCCUGAUUCUAGGUAUGUACUGAAGAAAAGGUUUGGCCGUGGUUCAUACGGUGAAGUAUGGCUGGCUGUUCACUGGAACUGUUGUCAAGCAAGCAAUUCAUGGCAAAGGAUAAAUAGUUCGUGCACUAACUGUAGUUCUGGAGCUGAUGCCAAUUUGUUCAUUCUGAAACGGCUAAUGGUGGAAAGGGGUCGUCCUGUGUACUUGAGUGGUCUACGAGAGAAGUACUUUGGUGAAAUUUUCUUAAAUGCUUCUUCAACCUUGGGUGAUCAGCUGUCAGCAGACGAUUCAUUUUUAAAACAGUCAAGAUCAAAUUUCGUAGAAGAGUUAGGAACUAAUGGAUCAGCGUUCCAUGAUAUGCAAAAGAAGGAGAAUUUUGGUCAUGGUUUCGGUCUGAUUACAUCCCAUGAAGAAGGAUUGGACCAUAUUGCAAGAUAUGUGGAAUCUUUUGAAUCUAAAUCUAGUGAUGUAUGGCUGGUUUUCCGUCAUGAAGGCGUGUCCUUAUCGAAGCUUAUAUACACAACUGAGCAAGUGGGAGAUAAGGAGGAAGGUGAACAGAUUAAACAUUCCCAGGUGUUAUACCCAUCGAAAUGGUGGAAGUGGCUGAAAACAACAGAAGGUGGGAGAGAGGAGAUGCGCAAUCUCAUAUGGCAGCUGCUCAUGGCGCUCAAGUCUUGUCAUGACCGUAAUAUCACUCACAGGGAUAUUAAGCCUGAGAAUAUGGUGAUAUGUUUCGAAGAUCAGGAAACAGGCAGAUGCAUGAGAGAAGGUCCAAGUCAGGACAAGAAUUAUACCACCAAAAUGAGGAUUAUCGACUUUGGCAGUGCAAUAGAUGAAUUUACUCUAAAGCAUUUGUAUGGGUCUAGUGGCCCUUCAAGAGCCGAACAAACUUCAGAAUAUGCACCUCCUGAAGCUUUGCUCAAUACUACUUGGUAUCAAGGGCCAACAAGCAUCACCUUGAAGUACGACAUGUGGAGUGUUGGUGUCGUGAUCUUGGAAUUGAUUUUGGGUUCACCAAAUAUUUUCCAGAUAAGUCCUUUAACAGCUGCCUUGCUAGAUAGGCAUCUUGAGGGUUGGGAUGAAGGUUUAAAGGAACUUGCAUACAGGCUUCGGUCAUUCAUGGAAAUGUGCAUCUUAAUCCCAGGAAGUUCCUCCAAACAUCGUUUUGGUGCUACGAUAUAUGGUAAUGGAGUUUCCCCAGCAUCCUGGAAAUGCUCGGAAGAGUUUUUUGCUCGUCAAAUAAAAAGUAGAGAUCCCCUAAAACUCGGUUUUCCAGAUGUCUCGGCUCUGCGAUUAGUGCGCCAUCUCUUACUAUGGGACCCAGAUGAUCGACUGAGUGUUGACGAAGCCAUGCAGCAUCCUUAUUUUGAAUCUCUCUUGAGGAGCAAAUCAACUUGUUGAGCAAAAUUUUGCUCGAGUGCCCAAUGCAAAAGGAAAUGGUUUGGUCUUUCAUCUCUUCAAGGUCUCGUGAUAAUCCCUGGCAAAGUAAUUCUGAAAAUUCAAGCUACUUUUGCUAAUCAACUCCUCUGUUAUACUUGUACUCUUGUACACAAUCACGCGAUGCCUUGGUUGUCUUUGCUCUCCACAUUAGUUGUUUUCUCAAAUAGGGAAAGGCAUCAUUCAGGAUAUAGAAAUACGAUACUUCUGCAGUACAAUGUUUCUGCUUGUACAGACAUGUAAAGAUUUUCAAAAUAGAAUUUCUUUGUUUUCUUCCA